UAUUGGUACUUUUAGCGUGGCUUAUUAGCUUCUGUGGGGCUCAGAUACCAUGUACUAGGAAUUCUGGAGAUGUACCACCACCUAAAUUUACUAUAACGGAUAAACAGUGCUGUUUGGAAUGGGAAUCUGAGAACUGGAAUAAUCAUGACGCUUAUUUGGACUGGCAAAUGGAGCUUCUUCCCCACAAUCCGAAGAUCAAGCGACAGAGGCUUGCGCCAAACGACGACGAUUCCAACCUUGAAGAGGAAUUAUGCUUUAAUAUCCCCUCGUUCCCCUUCCAGAAAUACGACUUGAAACUUUCGUGUAGCUACACGGAUCGUCUUGAGCCUUGGACGGAUGACUACUAUCCGCUAACCUUUUCAACUUCGCCCGCGGUUCCGUUUCAUCCACCGAAGUUUGUACCCAAUGGAUUUUUUCACGAUCCCUUAAAGAGUCAGCUUUCCGUCUUAUGGGUGCAACUAGAUGAACUGGAGUUUAAUGGGCCCAACUUUUCGUAUGUCGUGACCACGGAUACGGGUAAGAGGGCAGUCCUUCUGAGCAAUAACUCCGCCAUAUUUCACGACUGGGACGCCACGCGUUCGUUUAUCGUUUCUAUUUGGAGCCGGAACUCUUUGGGACCAUCGGAAGAAAGGAGCCAACUAAAAGUGCCCAUUCUGACCCAGGCCAAAAGUCACCAGCCGCAGGAGUUGCGGUAUCACGAAGACAACUUUACCAUCUCUUGGCAGGCUCCUCAGGAUCAGGGGGGUCUUAUUGGUUACGUGGUCAGCUGGUGCUCCGCUCCCGAAAACAGUUCGCAGAUCUGUGAUGACCACUAUCCCAUUCAUUAUAAGGAACUGGAACCAUCUCAACAGCAGCUCACGUUUGUUAGGCCGAUCAGGUUGCACAAUGUGGCAGUAUCGGCCAAGUACAAAGACAGUUUUCUCGGUGGAAAGCCACUAGUCCUUCCAAGAUUGGUAAGGAGCACCAACGAGACUUAUAACCUGUGGUUAGGUUUUUAUAUUGGAUUAUCGGCAUUGGCCCUCCAAUUCCUGCUCUGUGUGAUCCCCGUAUCGGUGCAGAAAUUACACAAAUCGUCGGAUAAAUUAUACCCAAUGUCUUAUGAUCUCAUUUUAAACGCAGAUAUCGAGCCUUAACCGCGACUUUUAAAAUGUUUAUCUUCUUUUAUAAAGAAAAUGUUUAACUAAGUAAG